AUGGGUCACGGUAAGCACAGGCGAUCAAGAGGAGGUAAUUCGAAUCCAGGACAGACCAGUAGGACUUUUAAUGUUGAAAGGGAAGAGGAAUCGCUCCCUCUUGAUCAAGAACCUGAGGAUGCAGCAGCAGUUCCAAAAGUUCAAUUGGCAAUGUGGGAUUUUGGUCAAUGUGAUGCAAAGAGGUGCACUGGUCGUAAGCUUGCUAGAUUUAACUUGUUGAAAGAAUUACGAGUUAACACUGGCUUCGGAGGAGUUGUUUUAAGUCCAGUUGGAAGACAAUGUGUUUCCAAAGAAGACUAUAGUCUGAUCAAAAGAAAAGGAUUAGCUGUUGUUGACUGUUCUUGGGCACGCUUAAGUGAUGUCCCGUUUGUGAAGCUGCGUUGUACUGCUCCUCGUCUCUUACCAUGGUUAGUAGCAGCUAAUCCAGUAAAUUACGGAAGGCCGUGUGAGCUAUCUUGCGUGGAGGCUUUAUCUGCAGCUUUAAUACUAUGUGGAGAGGAGGAAACUGCAAAUCUUUUGCUUGGCAAAUUCAAAUGGGGUCAUGCCUUUUUGUCUCUCAACAAGGAUAUUCUAAAGGAGUACUCGAAAUGUGAGAACAGCGCUGAGAUCAUCUCUGUUCAGAAUUCCUGGCUUUCUCAGCAAACUCAGGUCCCGAAACAACCACCUCCACUAGAAGAACGUGUUAAGAAAGAAGGUGGAUCUGAUGGUGAAUCCGAUGAUGAUGAAGAUGACGAUCUCCCUCCUUUAGAGAGGAACAUGAACCAUAUCAAAUUGGAAGACAGUGAGGAAGAAGAUGACAAUGGUGGUGAAUCCGAGGAUGAUGAUGAUGGCCUCCCUCCUUUAGAGAGGAACAUAAACCAUAUCAAAUUGGAAGAGAGUGAUGACAACAGCGAGUGA